AUGCAGAAAUUGAGUGAAAAUGGUAAGAAACGAGUAUGCCGAAAUAUCUUUGCGGUACAGCAGCGCCUAAGUCAGUUAACGGGACGACGAGAAAGUGAGCUGGAACGAGCACGGGCAUUUUUCGAACUACUCAACCAUGAUCCGGACCAACUGUUGGCGCUUAUCCUAGAAAGAGGAGCCGUGUUUUCACAUCUCGAGUACACUUAUCUUCUUGCACUUGCUGUUAGGUCGCAUCCUGUGCUUAGCGCACAGCCAGGUGCACUGGAACAACGUAUCUCACAACUCAAAACGAUCCUGGCACAGUUGAAAAAAUGA